AACCAAAAUUCUUAGAAUUCCGCAGUAAGACUAGUAAAAUAAUAAUAAAAAUUUAAAUUUUUUUGCUUUUUCUUACAAAAAAAAAAAUUUUAAUAAAAUGGAGUCAUACCGGGGACAAGAGGAGUUCGAAGAACAGCUCUUAAGAGAUGUCAAGACUUUUGUGACAAAAAACUUCAAAGAAGCUCAGUUACGACAAAAAGAGGAGCUGGAUGAUACCUUCGACAAAAUUUUUUUCAGGACGCUUAAAACCCACAGGCUACUAGUUGAAAUUAGUGAGAUAACAGGUAUAAAGGGUGAAAAUGUAGAAAUAAUAGCAAGAAGUAUAAUGAGGUUUGCAUAUAGAAUACAAAAUAACGACGUUCAAAAUAUUGGAAAACAAAAUUCUCGCCUUCGUUCUUGGCUGCACCAAGCGCAGCAAAAAAAUCCGACACAAGAUACAACGCUAAAUGCAGAAAUUGAUAGCGAGUCAAAACACCAAUCAAAAACGUCCAAGAACAAGGAAAAAAGCAAAAAAAAGAAAAACGUGAAAAAAAUUAAAAAUAGACUAGUUCAGGAGAUUGUACUUCCAACAAAAGCCGAUCAAGUCCCAGGUCAGGAGGCGCAAGGAACUCGGUCACGUGAUAUGCUUUUUUACGAUAUCCCAGUACGCUAUAGCGAGACAGAAGUAUGCAACGCAAUUAAACAAUUAGGAACGGUGCAUAGAAUUACGAUAAAAAAACAUUAUAAAUAUCAAUCGGUGAAAGCCGAGAUUUCAUUAUUAGAAGAAUACGAAGAGUCGUUCGUGAAAGGAGUGUGGAAAGAAAAGAUACUGAUUGGAAGCAACGAUAAAAAUAAAAAAGUCAUUGAUGUCCGUUGGUUCCAUGGAGACAAGACAGUAAAAGACAUAAAGGAAAAAUGCAAGUGCAAAGCCUACAAAGUGAUUCAAACGAAUUACUACCAAGACAUAGCGAGAAAUAACUUCACCUUCGAAUUUGGAAAAACAGCGUGUUUUGGAAAUAAGACGGUUUUCUUAGCAUAUUUCAAAAAUAAAGAACAACUCGAGGCAGCGAUUGCCAUGGAUAAAAGUAUGGAUAACAAAUGGGUAAUACAUGGAAGACGCAACGAGAGUAUGGCGAAAAUAGCCUCAAGAGAGGUGACAGUCAGAUCUCUCAUAAGCACGUCCCUGGGAAAAAACAACAAAGUAAUAUCCAUUAACAACCAUGGAUCAACAUCAGCUACGCCUAAUACUGUCAUACAUACAACCACAGAAGAAGUAGUCGAUACUGUUAACAAAUACAGGAAGAAUUUGCUGGAUGAACCCGAAACACAAAUUCAGCCCUCGGUAACGCCUACGACUAAAGGAUACACUUCACCGGAGAAUGUGGUUAAGAUAAUAGAAGAAUAUAGAGGAGAAGUUUUUAUAGAACAUAAAAUAGCACCGACUCAAGAAGGAAUUCUACCAGAUUUAUUAGACAAAAAUAUAGAAAUACAAAAAAGAAAGGAAGCGCUUAUAUUAGAGCAUAGAAGGUAUGCUCAAAGAAUGGAAGAGAAGAGGAAAAUAUGUAAAGAAAAGCCGAUAAGUAAAGUUGUUACGCCUGUGGAAUUACAUGAAUUUGCCAAAGUCAACGCCGAUUGUACAGAAAGACUACAAAAGGAGAGUGAUCGUCCGUAUACGCUCUCAAACAAUAACCCUUUUUUAAAGGAUAAGGAAGACAAGUCACCUUUAUCAGAGUCUUCGGACGAUGAUGAAUGUUUAAAAGAUGUCAAAAAGCGUAUAAAGAAGAAACAAGGCGCAAGAAGUAGUGAUUCGGAAGAUGAUUCAACCAUAGAUAGCUCGAGCGAAGUUGAAAAGAAAAUGGAACUCCAACCUGAAAAUACACCCGAUACUGACAAAAUAAAUAAAACACCCUUGGAAGGUCUUAGUAGAGUGGUAAAAAAGGGUAGGAGUAGUAGAAUUAAAAAAUAG